AUGGAAAUUCCAUCAAAUAUCGAUAAUCGUUUCGGCGACGCGCAUGCCAGUAGUGACGGGAUCGCAUUCCAAGCGGGGGUGAAUACAGGCACGAUCAACAUAAACCAGAGACCCCGAAAUAUCGUUUCCCCGAAAGUGGCCUAUGAUGCCAAAUUUGAUGCUGCGAACAAAGAAAAUGUGGCGAGUUGUUUGCCAGGCACGCGUGUCCAGGUGCUGGAAGAAAUACAAGGAUGGAUUGACGGUGACAACCCCAAGAAGCUAUAUUUGCUGAAUAGGAUGGCUGGAACUGGAAAGUCGACCAUCACUCUGACACUUGCCAGGUUUUACAAGGACUUCACGAAGAAACAAUGCACAGUCCCACUCCAUUAUCUCGGAAGUUCCAUUCCGGCAAAAUCAUAA